CUGGCACCGUUGGACCUACCACCAAGGCCGCUACCAAGGCCGCCAAGAAGACAUGUAACAUCACCAGCUACGGCGCCAAGACCGGUGCCACCGGAGACAUCGGCGCGGCCCUCAAGUCCGCUUGGGACGCCUGCAAGACCGGAGGUGAGAUCCUCAUUCCCACUGGUGAAUGGGGUCUCGGCACUUGGCAGACUCUCUCCGGCGGGACUGGUGUUUCCAUCAACCUCGAGGCGGCAACUCCAAGGGUGCCAUGCAGGGCUAUGGCUAUGAAUUCCACAAGCAGGGCAGCGGUGUCUACGGACCUCGUCUCCUGAGAUUCGUCUCUGUCACCAACUUCAGCGUUCAUGACAUUGCUCUCGUCGACUCCCCGGCCUUCCACUUCGUCAUGGACACCGUCACCAACGGCGAGGUCUACAACAUGAUUGUCCGUGGUGGCAACCAGGGCGGUCUUGAUGGCUUCAACUUGAUGGCUGCCAAGAACGUGCACGUUCACGACGUCGCCGUCACCAACAAGGACGAGUGCGUCACUGUCAAGAACAAAUCUAGCAACAUUCUCGUCGAGAACGUCUUCUGCAACUGGUCCGGUGGCUGCGGCAUCGGCUCAUUGGGCGUUGACACUGCCAUCUCCGACAUCCACUACCGCAAUGUCUACACCUCCAACUCCAACCAGAUGCUCAUGAUCAAGAACAAUGGUGGUGAUGGUGCCUUCCAGAACGCCAAGUUCGAGAACUUCAUCGGUCACGGCAACGCCUACUCCCUCAAGAUCGACUCUGCUUGGACCGGCCAGAGCAAGGUCGCCGGCAACGGUGUCGAGUACAAGAACCUGACCUUCUCCAACUGGAAGGGUACCGCCGCCAACGGUGCCGCUCGCGGUCCCGUGGUCGCCCUCUGCGCUGCCGCCGUCCCUUGCGAGAACAUUGACGUGUCCGGCAUCAACAUCUGGACCGAGUCUGGCUCUUCCAUCGUCGACAAGUGCAACAACGCCUUCGGCACCGGCCACUGCAUGCGCACCGGCUCUGGAACCUACACCAGCACCGCUACCACCAAGACCGUCACCAGCUACUCCGCUGCCACCAUGCCCGGCCUCGUCACCGCCGGACUCGGCAUCACCAAGUCCAUCGACAUUCCCGCCAUCCCCACCACCUUCUACCCUGGUGCCAAGCCCGCCAGUGCUCUUGCUGGCGCCGCUUAGGCGCGAGAAGGCCAUGAACAUGAAGCAACCAGGACCCGGCUCGACAAGAAACGAGCCGAUCUCAUUUUCCUGUACAUACUUAACUGGAAAAGC